GGGAGAGAACGUGGCUUGGCCACGUCAUCUUCACUUUCGUCUCGAGUCCACUUAUCGUCGAUAACGUCUGAGCAUCUCAUUACCCUUCACAUGGAGACGCUAAUGGCAUCCUCUUCUUCAACGGCGGCCAUCCUCUGCCGGCAACGGGUUCUUCCCGUCCCUUCCUCCAGUUCAUUCUUCUACACCGGUUGUUGCUCCCAAGGUAUGACGUCGUUCAUCCGAAACCCCUUAUUCAGCAAUCAUGGUGGAGGGAGAAAACUCAAUCACUCGUUCAAAUACUCUUCAUCUUCGUCUUCCUCAUCGAGUGUGAAACUGGAGAUCAAAUGUGGAGUUACGGAGAUAAACGAGAGCCAAUUCGCAGAGGUAGUGUUGAAAUCUGACCGUCCUGUUCUUGUCGAGUUUAUUGCCACUUGGUGCGGACCUUGUCGGCUAGUCGCUCCUGCCGUUGAAUCGAUAGCACAGGAAUACGAAGAGAAAUUACUGGUUGUAAAGAUCGAUCACGACUCAAAUCCAAAGCUAAUCGAAGAGUACAAGGUGUACGGAUUGCCUGCUCUGAUCGUGUUCAAAGACGGGAAAGAAAUUCCAGAAAGCAGAAGGGAAGGUGCAAUUACAAAAGCAAAGCUGAAGGAGUACAUUGAUGGACUACUGAAAUCGGUAUCAAUUGCAUAAAUUCCAAGAAUCCAUCACUUAUUUUUGUCACAAUUCUGUUAUACAAUUAAUAUCAGAUGAUUCAGAUUCAUGUGCAGCAGGAGAAUUGUACAAAAGUGUGUUCUACAUCUUCUUUAAUAUAUGGGUUUGCAAACAUUUAAAUAC